UCUCUACUCUGCAUUCCCUUCUUUUUCUUACCCUUCGUCUUCCUCUCUCAACUCAAAUGGCUCUUCGUUUCCUUCUCUGCUUACUUUCCUUCCUCCUCGCAGUAGUAGUUUCUCCAACUCUCUCCACUAACUCUGAAGGAAAUGCUCUCCAUGCCUUGAGAGCCAGACUUUCCGAUCCCACUAAUGUUCUGCAGAGCUGGGACCCUACUCUCGUCAAUCCAUGUACCUGGUUUCAUGUCACCUGUGACUCUAACAACCAUGUCAUCCGACUGGAUCUUGGCAAUUCUAAUAUUUCUGGUACUUUGGGGCCGGAGCUCGGCGAUCUCCAGCAUCUGCAAUACUUGGAGCUCUAUAUGAAUAAUAUCGAAGGGAAAAUUCCUAAGGAGUUGGGUAAUUUGAAGAAUCUAAUUAGCAUGGAUUUGUACAACAACAAGUUCGAAGGAGAGAUUCCGAAGUCUUUUGCUAAGUUGAAGUCUCUCAGAUUCCUUCGAUUUAACAACAACAGGCUGACAGGAUCAAUUCCAAGAGAGCUUACUACCCUUUCCAACCUAAAAGUCUUUGACGUUUCUAACAAUGAUCUCUGCGGAACUAUUCCAAUUGAUGGCCCUUUUGGGAGUUUCCCUAUAGAAAGUUUUGAAAACAACCACAGGCUCAAUGGACCGGAGCUGCAGGGACUGGUUUCUUACGAUUUUGGGUGCUGAUGAUUUCUGUUAUUCCACGAUCCUUUAUGACAGGGUUAUAAUAGACACAGCUCUAAGGUUUGAUUAGAUUAUAUCUCAAGCAAAUAUAAGAUGAUUUGAGCUCAAGGAAAGAAAAAUAAGAAUAGGUCUGCUGUGUUCAGUAACGUUCUGGCAGCGAAAUGUUGUACCAACAAUUAAAUUUACAGGUUUAUCACUAUUUUUCAGGUUCAUCUGGUGACUAGAUUCUUCAGAUUCCA